CGCAUCGUUGCAGCUUUCACUUGCCAACCGCACGGUCGCCGCAGCAAAACGCGCAUUUGCAACUGCAACUUAGUGUCAAUGCACAGUAUCUAACAGUCACCAACAAAAUCCUUGCAAGUGAAUCGUCAACUAAACAAUCAAAAUGAAAGUGUUUAUCCUUAUUACGCUGUUUGCCCUUACGUGCCAUGCGCAGCAUCAGCACCAGCACCAGCAUCAACAUCAUGCACACCUCAAUGCGAACAACAUACCACGCGAUGAGAAAGCGGACCAUCGUCAUGAGGAUCCACGCGAGACAAGCACCUGGAUACCCAUACUGAAGUACAACAAGGAGCAGAGCGAGGAUGGCAGCUACAAGACCGAAUACGAAACCGGCAACAACAUUGUGCACGAGGAGACGGGCUUCCUAAAGGACUUUGAUACCAAUCCCAAUGGCGUUCUAGUGCAACACGGCCAAUACUCCUACCAAUCGCCUGAGGGCACCGUCGUCAAUGUGCAGUACACGGCCGACGAGAACGGCUUCCGUGCCACUGGCGAUCAUAUACCCACGCCGCCAGCCAUACCAGAGGAGAUACAAAAGGGUCUGGAUCAGAUCUACGCUGGCAUUAAGCUGCAGCAGGAGCGCCUGGAGCAGCGUGCCAAGAGCGAUCCCAGCUUUGCCAAGAAGCUAGAGGAGCGACGCUUGGCCAAUCAGAAUGGCCAGUACAUUGGCUUGCUGGAAAAUCAGUAGAGAGUCGGCGCAACACAACCCAAAACCUCUCAACCAGAUAACGUGCUGCAUUUUUGAUAUUUUUCAAAAUUUUUACCACUCGCCUCCUUUAAUGACCAUAACCAACCGAAAGACUGUGAUUUCUGCUACAAAUUCUAUAAAAAAUUAAUGAAUAACACUUUGCUAACAGCCACAGCACAGAUAUUUAUGUUAACGAUCGUGAAAGUUUUGUUGAAUAAAAGAAAAUAAUCACAAUAAAAGCGGAAAAAUAAAAUUUCCAUCAUGCCAGCCAAACACACACGCGACCCCA